AGAAGAGUCUGACUCAGACUGAUAUUUUUCCCUCUGAUUUUACGUUCUCCACUUGUCCAGGGAAGGGCCUCUUCUUUAUGCCCUUUGACAGAACAGGAACCUUUGUGAACGGAAAACUAGACUGAAGAUCCUGGACUGUAGAGAUGGAGAGAAGGGCCACACAGCAGGCCCCCCUUUCUAUUGUGCUGAGGCUGCUGUUGCUGCUGCUGCUGCUGCUGGGAACUUGGACAGAAACCCAGGCUUGGCCUGCCUCUCUUCACUAUGAUCUCACCAUCGUGUCCCAGGCAGAAGAACCCAGACAACCUCUCUACAUGGCCCAAGGCUACAUAAAUCAUCAACUCUUCCUUCACUAUGAUGGGGAGAAUAGCAGGGCAGAGCGACAAAAACCAUGGAAUGAUACUGAGGAGGAGAGGAAAGUCUGGGAAAGGGUAACCCAGGACCUUGAGGAGAAGGGGAAGGAGCUGAGAAUGAUCCUUCAAGACAUUCUGGGACAGAACAACCAGAGUGGCAGCAGUGAUGGCUCUCACACCCUUCAGGCUACGUUGGGAUGUGAGCUCCAGGGCAACAAUAGCACCAGAGGGUUCUGGAGGUUCCGAUUUGAUGGACGAGACUUCAUCACCUUCUCCCCGGAGAAACACAGCUGGACUGCAGUCCAUCCAGGGGCUCAGAAAAUUAAGGAGAAAUGGGAGGACUGCUUCCAAAUGAAACUCCAAGAGGAGGAAUACUGUUCUAUUGGGCUCCAGAGAUACCUGGCAUCCUGGAAGGGGAUCUUGGAGAGGACAGAUCUACCAACUGAUGUGCCUCCUAGACCCAACACCUUGUCCCAUUGGCAUCCACAGGUUGAAUUACUAAUUAUCAGCAUAGGCCUCAUCUUUGCUGUCCUCAUUGUUGUGGGAGCUCAGGUGUGGAGGUGGAUACGGGCAGAGCCGGAGAUUAGACCUUCCAGAAAGAGUGAAUGGAAAUCUGCCCACCCUCUUUUCCCAGGCUUUGGUCGCAUCAGAGAAACUCAGAGUAUGGUGUAGACAGGAAAAGAUGGUUGGACUUGGAGUCAGGAGAUGAGGGUUCAUAUCCAAGCUUCAACAUUGACCAGCAGUGUAUCUGUGGAAAAUUCACUUUAUCCCUGGAUAGCCUCAGUUUCCUCAUGUGAAUAACCAGAGGAGGAGCACCAAAGAACUUUGUAAACCUUAAAAUCUUGUAAAAAUGUGGGGACAGCUGAUGGCUCUAGAAAGAACACUGCUACUAGACUUGUGUUGGGGAGAUGUGAUCUUGGUUUUAUUCUUUCCUCUUUUAGGGGAGGGACCUUCCUUUUAAAUUCACUAGACCAGUGACAAGGACUGUGGAGACAAGAAUGAAAAUGACUUUACCCAUAUUUUACUCCCUCUAGCUUGACUCUCAGUUGGCUUGUGAUUUAUUCUAAUAAGUAGCUGAAUCCUGAAUUCACAUACCAGGCUUAUACAGCAUAUUGCUAAUACUGCUGCGCAUGUUACAGCUUCUUGGAGCCACAGGUGAGAUUGGGUGAAAGUGGAUGAGCAGCCCGGAAAAGAGCUUGGAAAGCCCUCAUAGCAGAGCUUCUAGUGCUAUCUGAAAACCUCCUACACUCACACAACAUGUGUGGUGAUCAAAACAUCUUGGCAGAGGGGCUAAACCAGGUUGAUGGUACCUGACAGGCUUCACAUCCAUAGGUGAAUUAGGAGGAUGUUUACCUCAAGCAUGGGAAGACUUCCCUCAUUGGGAUGGGCUGAUGAGAACAAUUUGUUUCAAUGGCUAUAAAGUCG